AUGCCCGCGGAACCUCUGGGGAAGCCCAGCGCCUCGCCACGAGCCGGAGCGCCCGCCAGCGCCCACAGGACCCCGGAUAAGCCCCGGAGCGCGGCCGAGCACCGCAAGUCCUCCAAGCCGGUCAUGGAGAAGCGGCGCCGAGCGCGCAUCAAUGAGAGCCUGGCGCAGCUCAAGACCCUCAUCUUGGACGCUCUCAGGAAAGAUAGCUCGCGCCACUCAAAGCUGGAGAAGGCGGACAUUCUAGAGAUGACUGUGAGACACCUGCAGGGCCUGCGGCGGGUACAGGUGACAGCCGCUCUCAGCGCCGACCCUGCGGUCCUGGGCAAGUACCGCGCCGGCUUUAACGAGUGUCUGGCGGAGGUGAGCCGAUUCCUGGCUGGCUGCGAGGGCGUCCCCACCGACGUGCGCUCCCGCCUGCUCGGCCACCUGGCGGCCUGCCUAGGCCAGCUGGGGUCCUCAUGCCGCCCGGCCCCUGUGACCCCCGCUGCCGAGACUCCGGCGUCUGAGGUCUAUUCCGGCUGCCCACUGCUGCCGGCCCUUGACAGCGCCCUCCCUCUGCUGCACUCCGGGGCUCCCUUCUCGCUCCUACCAGCCUUCACCAACUCAGGUCUCACGCCAGUAGCAGGCCUGACCCGGGCGCCCCCUCCCGCCCCCCGACCGGGGAUGCAGAGCCGGGAGGCGCCCUGGAGACCGUGGCUGCGGUGA